AUGGACGUCGUCGACUACAGAAGCGAGUUAAGGAUGUCAGCCAGAGAAGUCAAAGCCUUCCUAGACGCGGACAGAUUCACGGCUGUCGGGGACGGGAUGCAGGAUGAUGUUGAAUAUAGAUUUGUGGAUGUCCUGCUGUUUGGUGGGGCGCCUUGGGGGUUCACUCUGAGAGGGGGUCUGGAGCACCGAGAACCACUGCUCAUAACCAAGGUACAUAUCUAUCUAUCUAUCUAUCUAUCUAUCUAUCUAUCUAUCUAUCUAUCUAUCUAUCUAUCUAUCUAUCUAUCUAUCUAUCUAUCUAUCUAUCUAUCUAUCUAUCUAUCUAUCAAUGAUGAUUAGGAAGAAGAAAUACAUUCAGAGAAGCCUUGUUGACUUCACUUUAGCCACACUAGUUAACAACAAAUGUGCAAACAAACAACAAUAACAAGUACCAAAUAUCAAUCAUGCAAAUAUUUUUAAAAAAAAUGUAUUUAUUUCUCCACUGUUAUGGAUGGAUUUCACAUUUCCUGUUUCACCUGAUAUGAAAAUAAGGCUGUGUGGAGAUUAAACACUGGAACAUCAAUAUAGUUUCCUGAUUGGUUAACUGCUUGUGUUCCAUCAACACUCACAUGUUUUCUCGCUCCAGAAAUAGUUGGGGCUGUCUCCACACCUUUAUGCCUUUGGUAUGUUGCACAUUUUCACCUUUAAACUUCUGCCCUGGCCAAUAUCUUGAGCACAUCUCCACUAGUCACCACUAGUUUUGUUCUAUGUGUGUUUGGAGGGGGCUGUGGCUGUCUUCCAUACUCAUCAUAGCAGUACCAGGAACCAGUGAGGAAUGCAGAAGUGAAGAUAAUGUGUGUUUGGCUGUGGAUGACCAGGAUUGGCUCAGUCAUUGCUGCUCUCCAACAGAAUGAGGAAACAGUUAGUUUAUCUGUUUCCAUUCUCCUCCCCUCUCCUGUACUCCUGUAUGUGUAGAGAAUAAGUGAUGGAAUGUGCAACAAGUCUACUCCAACCGUUCUCAAGUUGCUUAUGGUUAAAUGUUUUAUCAGAGCUCUCAGGUUGCCACAGUAUAAUUCUUCCAGUGCAGGCUGGACACAAUGGACUCAGCACGGAUCCAUGGUUACUGGCCACCAUCUCUUACAGGGAUUGGGUUUGCACCAUAACGCCAUAUUGCUUGUGUUCUCCAGCUGUUCGUCACUUUCAGAAGCUACACAAAAUAACAAUCCAUCCUGUUCAUUUUAGAUUAUAUAAUUUACAAAUACAAAAUUGUACAUCUCAUAGUACUUUGUGACUUGCUCCCUUUGCUUGUCAGUAGUAGACUAGUCCCCCUCUGAACGUUGAGACAGGGCUGGAGAGAGGGGAUUUGGAAGGGUGGAUAUGAUGGAACCAUUUUUAAUGAAUUUGACUCAACGCCAGCAUGGCAGGGUUGAAGAGAGGGUCCUGUCAACACAGUCUCAGUGGAUGGAAUGUGACAUUCUUCUAAACUGAUGAACGAUGGAAAGUGAACUGUUAUUAAAAUAUACUUCACUAAUGAGACAUUAAGUCUGACAUGUUAUUUUAUUCACGUCACUAUCAGACAGCAUCCCUUGAAUGGGCCUCCGUUUUCCCGGCCAACACUAUCUGUGUGCAAUUGUUUCUUAUACUCUUCACUUCAGAAAUGUUACCAGUCCCAAAAUCUCCAAAUUUGCCCCAGUAUGUUAUAACAGUUUUAUUAAUGAUGUAUAAACUACAGUACGUUUGAACUGUCUAUAAACUGCUUAUAAACACCUUAAUGAAACAUUCCUGUUGUGUGAUUCAGGUGGAGGAGGGUAGCAAGGCGGCGACGGUCAGCCUGCAGGUGGGAGAUGAGAUCGUCAACAUCAACACAGUUCCCAUCAGUGGAUCCAGGCAGGAGGCCAUCUGUCUGGUUAAGAGCUCCCACAAGACCCUCGCCCUGGUCGUCAGA